AACUCAUUGUAUAUUGAGCUUUUCAAUACCCAAACAACGAAAAAGUACACGUCAGAAGUUCUAUUAUAGUUCAAAGUAUUGAUAAGUUUUUAUUAAAAAUAUAAAAUUGAAAUUUUGGAUAAAAAGUAAAGAAAAAAUGGAGGUGUGCUAUUAUAAAACGAAUUCUUAUCUACAAGAAACACAAGAUUUACUGAGCCAUCUGGAAAAAUCAAGUAACCUAAGUGCCGAAGAUCGCGAAGAAAUAGAACAGAAAAUAAAAGAAAAAUUUGAAAAAAUCAACAGUAAUUUUGACCAGUUGGAUAUUUUGGCCUCUAAAGUGCCAUUAACAAUGAGACAAUCUGCUAAAUUGAAAGUAGAUCAAUUAAAAUAUGAUGCACGGCAUCUAUCAGCAGCUUUUGACUCUUGGAAAUAUAUGAACUUUCAAAGACAGAGGGAAGCUAGCGAACGCGAAGAACUUUUAUCUAGACAAUUUACAACAAAUGAUCAUGUUGACAUAAUGAUAGAUCAUGUUGUACAACACAAUACUAGUGUUAGAAAUGCAGUUAAUGGAGUGGAUAAUAUGCUUGAACAUGGAAGUGAUAUUCUUGACAAUUUAAGAUCACAAAGAACUACUUUGAGAGGUGCUCACAAACGUUUAAUUGAUAUAGGUAAUACUCUUGGCUUAUCUAAUACAACAAUGAGGCUAAUUGAACAAAGAGUGAAGUCAGACAGCUUUGUUUUCUUUGGUGGAAUAUUUGUUACUAUUCUUGUUUUAUUUAUAGUUGUUUAUUAUUUCUUAUGAACAUUCCAAUUAAAAAUUAAGUUAUGCCAAAGUAAAAAAAAUUUAUAUCAUGUACUAUAUUCAAAAUUGAAAUCUUCAUUAACUUUUUUAGAAAACUAACACAUCUAUGUUGUAUAUUGGUUAAAUUGUUAUAAUUAUAAUCUUUUAAGAAGUCAAUUUGUAAAUCGAUUUGUAAAGGUAUUAUCUAAGCUAAUGAAACAUGUGUACAGAAAAUGUUUGAACGUAUUUUUUUAUGCAUCAAAUUUAGAGGAAACUUCUUAGUUAUUCAAUUAUAUUUCUAUUCCAAUUAUAACUGCUUAUUAGCUUCAAAUGAAUUUAAUUUCAAUUAAUUGAUUUUUACUCAAUACAAGGACUCAAUCAGAAUCUUCAUUCUGACUGUUUUUGCCAACAAAUAAUUUAAUCCAUUAAUUUUGAUUGCAUUGCGGAUUAAUAUUAUGUAUAGUAAACUAGAUAUGAAGUAAUUCAUAUGGAAAAAAGAUAUCUCCAUAUAUUUUAACUCCUGUUUUCUUAGUUGUACAAAUUGUCAUAUAAUAUGUGUACAAUUAUUUUCUGUAAAUAAAUUAAUUUAUUAAAAAUUACACCCAUCA